AUGACCGAUAUUGGAGAAAUCAUCAAAGCUCUUAAUGAUUUUGGCCGAUUCCAGCAUUGGCUGGUACUGAUGAUCGCUAUAAUUUCACCCUUCAUUGGUUUUCAUAUGUUCAGCCAAUUAUUCAUGGUCCUUCCAGUGUCUCAUCACUGCAACACUAAUUGGUUGGACACCGUCCGCUUGAACUUGACCGAUGAGGAGAAGCUGAAUUUGACCAUUCCCCGAAAACCCGACGGGACCUUAGAACAAUGUCUCAUGUAUACUCCUGUGGAAACCAACUUGGAGACCGUCCUGCAGUCUGGAUUGAAUUCAACAGAGAAGUGCCAAGAUGGAUGGGUUUAUCCUUCCAAGCCAAAACCUUCUCUGGUUACCCAGUUCUCCCUGGUGUGUGACAGAAAGGAUUUAAUUGAUAUCUCACAGUCCGUCUUCAUGUCGGGCCUCCUCGUUGGAGCAAUUGUGUUAGGACCGUUGAGCGAUUGGUGUGGCCGACGACCCAUUGCCUUGUUAUCUCUGUUCCUGGAAGGGGUGGCUGGAGUUGCUGUAGCCUUUGCCCCCAGUUUUUACCUCUAUUGUGCACUCCGAUUUCUGCUAGGAGCAGCUCUUUCCGGGAUCUCAAUAAGCAGCAUAGCUCUUUGCACUGAAUGGGUCGGCAUUGCCUAUCGUCCACACACCCUGAUUGUUAGUCAUGUGACUUUUGCUUUGGGACAAAUGAUCCUGGCUGGCUUAGCUUACGGCCUUCAGGAUUGGCGGCACCUUCAGAUUGCUGGUUCUGCCCCAAUUUUUCUUUUCUUUUUCUACAUAUGGGUCCUUCCUGAGUCCGCUCGGUGGCUUGCAAUGAAAGGCAAAGUAGAGGAAGCUAAAAAACUUCUCCAAAAAGCAGCCUCCGUAAACAAGCGAACCAUCCCUCCGAAACUGUUAGAGCAGCUAAAACUUGAAAAGAAAGCCAAGUCUUCAACAACAUUUUUGGAUCUCGUUAGAAAUCCCCAAUUAGCAAAAGUGACCCUGAUAAUUUCCCUAAUCUGGUUUGUCAAUAGUUUGGCCUACUAUGGAUUAAGCCUGAACAUUGGCAGCUUCGGCCUGAAUAUCUACUUGACGCAGGUCAUCUUUGGGGCGGUUGAAAUCCCGGCCCGAAUCCUUUGCGUCUUCCUUAUGCAAUGCUUGGGAAGGAAGAAGUGCCAGUCGCUGUCUCUCCUCCUGGGGGGGAUCUUUUCUCUUCUGAUCAGCGCCGUGCCCAAAGAUUUACCUGUGGUAAUCACCAUGCUGGCUGUCCUUGGAAAGUUUACCAUGGCAGGCUCAUUUUCAACAUCCUAUGUAUAUUCAGCAGAACUGUUCCCGACUGUUAUCCGGCAGACCGGACUCGGAGUAUGUCAGAUGACAGCCCGAGUAGCUGGAAUCAUCUCCCCACUGGUUGGUCUCCUGGGGAAAUAUCACACCUCUCUGCCCGUGGUGAUCUUUGGAAGUACAGCUGUCCUUGGUGGCCUCUUUUCUCUCCUUCUUCCAGAGACGCUUGGCAAGGAACUCCCCGAUUGUAUGGAUGAUCUGACCCACAAACCAAGCAAGGAAGCCAGUGACAGCGUGGAAAAUGGAUGUACAAAACCAAAUAAAGACAAUUGUAUCAGUGAAAGGAUAACCACCACACAUUUCUAA